CUUAAGCCUAAAAAUACAAAGGAAACGUUGAAAGUUAUAGUUACAGCAAACAAGUAAUGCGUUGCUUUCCCGACGGUGAUGUCUAUUUUUACAUUGAACUCAGUGAUGGUUGGGAACGUUAUUGUCGUUGGCCGAAUAAAAAGUGGAAACAAAAGGCACUACCACCACCAACAGUUAUAAACUAUUGGCGCGAUCUUGAAGGCGCAAAAAAAGAGCAAAUCCUAUUGGCCGAUUUGUAUUUCGAGAAUUGGUUAAAAUCACGCUUAAAAGAAGAUGCCUGCUUGCCACUGCUAUAUGCGGUGGGCAAUCGUUUCAUUCGAUUAGAAAAAGCGCCACCAGGCGGUUUCAGAUGUGCGCCACUGCCAAUGAGCCUUAAGGAAUAUCGAGAAAUGCAAGCCAUAAUAAAAGAGGAAUUGAAACAGAAAAAGAAGGCAGAGAAAGAAAAGAAAGCCAAGGCAAAAGCAGCGAAAGCAAAAAAGGGAAAGAAAUAGACGAAACAGCUUAGAAAGGCAAACGAAUAACUGAAUUAUUGCUACAAAAUUAAAUUUUACACAUUAAGUUAAACAAAAAAAUUAAGAAACAAAAAAUGAAAAAUACAAGAAAUGUUUAAAUUUGUAUGAAAAGCGCUAUUAUGCAACAGUUACAAUAUUUUUGUUAAUAUUCAAUGCUGCUGUAUGUAUCAAUUUUGAAAAAAAAAAAUAACUGCUGCAAAAUAGCGCUUAACCAAAAUUAGUUUAAAUAAAAAUAAAAUUGAAGUGAAAAACCGUA